AACUUCACAGCAACAACAACCUACCACCCACUACUAUACUAUUCCUAUUCUCCAUCAAGCUAUCAGCAUGUCCAGUCCUUUCAUCGGUUUACCAAUCAGUGCAGAACUAUCAAACGGAACAGUCGUAGAAGGAAUCAUACAUGAUAUCGACCCAUCCACUGGCAAACUCAACCUAGCACAAGCUCGAUUUGUCAAGUACGAUGGCUCAUUCUCUGAAAUCCAACCUAGCUUCAUCCUCGAAAAAGACUUCGUGAAAGACUUGAUGCUUCUCAGCACCACCAGACAAACUUCAUCAUCAUCAUCAUCAUCCUCAUCUCCAACCCAAAACAAUAAUAGUCAUCGUCAUCACCCUCACCGUCAGAACAACAAUAACACCAACAGCAGCAGCAGCAGUAACGGAAUCCAAUCACGGCUAAACGAUCUAUCGAUAGACCAAUCCAAUCAGAAGACUCAUCAUCAUCAAGAUCUCUUCACAAACACCCAAGUCACUCUCCAACCAACCAACCAUCAGAAGAACCCUCAACCUCCAUCCAGAAGACGACGAAAGGAGCGAGACCAGCCCAAGAAACAACAGCCCGACGAACAAGCAAAUCACCAUCAUUUCACCAGUCAUCCUUUCAAUAACAACCCACCCGAUAGUGCUCAUGAAGAUACGGAUGGGAUACCUACUCCUGAGCUAUCACCUCCACUCACUACGACCUCUCAACCUCAAACUUCCGAAUCCCCCCCUGCAAUCGUCCCUUCAGAUUUCAAUCAGGAUUUUGACUUCCAAGCUGGCCUGAUGGCUUUUGAUAAGGCCAAGCUUUGGGCCGAAAUUGCAUCAACCGAUUCGACGGAUCCCAAGGACCGACUGAUAGCUCAUAAUCGGAAAAAGACCAACGGGGUUCACUUUGCUCAAUCGAGACGAGGAGAGGAAGAUCAUCCACGACAUCGAAACUUGGGACCCACAGAGAUGGUGUUAUCAGCACAAGAACAAGUGACCAAUGGAUCUACCGUCUCCAAUCCAUGGCUUCAAUCAUCCAACAACAACAAUCCAUCCAAUCCCUACAUUCUUUCUACCGAUGGACAUCCGAUCUAUCCGGUCACGUUUGACCGAUUAAAUCUGGCUCUCUCGGCUGCUUCGGUUGAGUAUGGUCCUAGCCUGAUUCAAAGAAUCGAGAAUGCUGGUCGAUCGAUGACCGAUUAUAUAAUCAAAUUGCUCCGGCAAUCUCUCUCUUCGCCUAAAUCUUACAAGGAUUCCACAAUCUCUAUCCUCGUCGGCUCUCAUGGUACUAAAGCUUCCUGUGCUAUUCGUACUGGCGCACUCUUGGCUCUUAAAGGAUUUAAAGUCUUCUUGGUCCUCAGCACUAACUCCAAUCGAAAACCAGCUAAAGCUAGAAACGACGCAUUUGAAUUUCAAUUGCGACUAUUCAGCUCAACAGGGGCGACGAUCUGUCCCCAGAUUCGAGAUCUCCCCUCUUCACCGACAUUAAUUAUCGAAGCGCUCGCCGAAAACUCGGUGACCUCCCUUCCCAACCAUAUGAUCAUUGACAAAACUUUGAUCGACUAUACCCAUUCUGCACCGACGCUCGGUAUUGAUAUAUCCAGUUAUUUGAAUUAUGAUACUGGUGAGCCUUUGGUGGGAACAGCAGAUCUACCUUCGCAUCAACAUCUAGUAUGUUUAGGAGCCUUGCCGAAAGGGGUUUUAAAUUCACCAAGCACGCCCACCGAGGUCUGUCUGAUCGAUCUGACCUUGAGCGAAUCUUGUUGGAGGAACUCGGCCGACAAAGACAGUGACUCUGAUGAACACGAUCAGGCUGGCUCUUAUACUCAUCCUUCUAACGGCAACCAUCAUGCUCAGAACGGCGUCUUGUCUGAUCGUCUUCCUGAUCUUCCUCCCGCUUCUUGGGGUGAUGGAUGGUAUACGAUCCUUAAGAUUCGCUAGAUCCUCCCCUCCUUGUCGGAUCUUCUUUAUCGGGGGCAAAGUGGGACAUAUUCUGUAUAACAUAUAUAUCAACGAUUACUUGCAAGUUUUGUGACACCAACACACUCACAUACAAGAAAAAAAAUCAAUAACAUUGCUCUUUCGAUCUUGUUCGUGAUCACCUUAAGUUGAUCAACGGUCUAGUUUAUCUUUGAUAGGGUCCAUGGACCUCUUCCUUCUCUAUCUCUGAUUCCUUCAACAGUUUUUCUUUACAUCUUGUACUCAACACACACACAUCCACAAGACUACACCUGAUGGGUGGCUACUAACGACAUUAUCACUCUCUUAUCACACUACGUAGUCAUUCAUCUAUCCUUCAUUCUUGGCUUGUCUUUUCUUUUCCUUUCACCCUUAUCUUCUUUUUUCUCUCGUUACACACAUGAAUGCCUUUUUUUUUCCUUUUUAUGUUCUUGAGAACCUUCAUUUUUUUUUCUUUUUUCCAAAACAAAAAAAUAAAUAAACAACAAGUCUUGUUCAAUACACGUGUGUCCCUCCUUGAAAAUUGAUCCGUUUACCAAAUCAACUCCACAUGAAAAAAAAAGAAAAAACAGAGAACAUCAUAUCACUUCAUAGCAUCUCUUCACUUCUUAUCUUUCUAUAAUCAUAGUCAUACAAGAUCUUAUGUGUGUAUGUGUUGUAAUGUAUGUUUGGGAAGAGUGAUGUGUGUAUGUAGCCUUAUAUAUAAAAACUAGCCCUAGCCAUAUGAGAGAUUCCAAAAGACCCCUCUAGGUCUGAACAUCUGCAGCAACAGGAGAGCCUGUUGGCCAGUAGUUUGUUUACCCAUAAGUUGCAAGUACUCAAAUC